CCUUGCACAAUGUCCUUGAAACCAAGAGUAGUAGAUUUUGAUGAAACAUGGAACAAACUUUUAACUACUAUCAAAGCUGUUGUCACAUUGGCAUACGUCGAAAGAGCAACAUGGAAUGAUCACUUCUCAGAUAUCUAUGCUUUAUGUGUGGCCUAUCCUGAACUCCUUGGAGAAAGACUUUAUACAGAAACUAAGAUUUUUUUGGAAAAUCACGUUCGGCAUUUGCACAGGACAGUUCUGGAAUCUGAAGAACAAGUACUUGUUAUGUAUCAUAGGUAUUGGGAAGAAUAUAGCAAGGGUGCAGACUAUAUGGACUGCUUAUAUAGUGAUCGCGGUGGAGAAGACCCAAAUCAGAAAGCAAUCCAUGGGGUUAUUGACUCCUUUGUUCAUGUUGAGCAGUAUAAGAAAAAAUUCCCCAUGAAGUUUUAUCAGGAACUAUUUGAGUCCUCCUUUCUGACUGAAACAGGAGAGUAUUAUAAACAAGAAUCUUCAAAUUUAUUACAAGAAUCAAGCUGCUCACAGUAUAUGGAAAAGGUUCUAGGUAGAUUAAAAGAUGAAGAAAUUCGAUGUCGAAAAUACUUAAAUGCAAGUUCAUAUACUAAAGUGAUACAUGAAUGUCAACAAUGAAUGGUAGCAGACCACUUACAGUUCUUACACGCAGAAUGUCACAGUAUCAUUCAACAGGAGAAGAAAAAUGACAUGGAAAAUGUCUUACUCUGUGCUGUGUCCACUGGUUUACCUCAUAGGAUUCAGGAGCUGCAAAACCAUAUCCACAAUGAGGGCCUUAGAGGAACCAGUAACCUUACUCAGGAAAAUAUGCCAACUCUAUUUGUGGAAUCAGUUUGGGAAGUACACGGUAAAUUUGUUCAACUUAUUAACACUGUUUUGAAUGGUGAUCAGCACUUUAUGAGUGCACUGGAUAAGGCCCUUACAUCAGUUGUAAAUUACAGAGAACCCAAGUCUGUGUGCAAAGCACCUGAACUGCUUGCUAAGUACUGUGACAACUUACUAAAGAAAUCAGCAAAAGGGAUGACAGAGAAUGAAGUGGAAGACAAACUCACAAGCUUCAUCACUGUUUUCAAAUAUAUUGAUGAUAAAGAUGUUUUUCAAAAGUUCUACGCAAGAAUGCUGGCAAAACGUCUAAUUCAUGGGUUAUCUAUGUCUAGGGAUUCUGAAGAAGCCACGAUCAAUAAACUAAAGCAAGCCUGUGGUUAUGAGUUUACCAGCAAGCUACAUCGGAUGUAUACAAAUAUGAGCGUCAGUGCUGAUCUCAACAAUAAGUUCAACAAUCUUAUCAAAAAUCAAGACACAGUAAUAGAUUUGGGAAUUAGUUUUCAAAUAUAUGUUCUACAGGCUGGUGCAUGGCCUCUAACUCAGGCUCCUUCAUCCACAUUUGCGAUUCCCCAGGAAUUAGGGAAAAGUGUAUAGAUGUUUGAAUUAUUUUACAGCCAGCAUUUCAGUGGAAGGAAACUGACAUGGUUACAUUAUCUGAGUACAGGUGAAGUUACAAUGAACUAUUUGGGCAAACCAUAUGUAGCCAUGGUCACAACAUACCAAAUAGCAGUCCUUCUUGCCUUUAACAACAAUGAAACUGUCAGCUAUAAAGAGCUUCAAGACAGCACUUCGAUGAAUAAAAAGGAACUGACAAAAACAAUCAAAUCAUUGCUUGAUAUGAAAAUGAUUAACCACGAUUCAGAAAAGGAAGACUUCAAUGCAGAAUCUUCAUUUUCAAGAAAUACGAACUUUAGCAGUAAAAGAACAAAAUUUAAAAUCACUACAUCUAUGCAGAAAGACACUCCACAGGAAAUGGAGCAGACUAGAGCUGUUGAUGAGGACCGGAAAACGUAUCUCCAAGCUGCUAUAGUUUGUAUCAUGAAAGCAUGGAAAAUGCUUCGGCCCAAUGCUCUUAUUCAAGAGGUGAUUAGCCAGUCAAGAGCUAGGUUUAAUCCCAGUAUCAGCAUGAUUAAGAAGUGUAUUGAAGUUCUGAUAGACAAACAGUACAUCGAACGCAGCCAAGCAUCGGCAGAUGAGUAUAGCUACGUCGCGUGA